AUGUUGAAUAUCGACUAGAAUACCAUUUCCAUCAAAGUAUUUCUUGUAAAGCACUUAGGAUCCUACCAAUAAAUAAGCUGAGUGGUAAUAGUACUGUUACGAUAAGAUAUUUCCAUCAACUUCUACUCAAAAAGAGCUUUUCGAUGAGGUGUUCAAUUUUGACUAUUUAAAUAAAAAUGCCUGCAUUCUAUCGUACGGUUAAUCAGGAAGUGGAAAAAGUUAUUCGUUAUUUGGAAAUGUCCAAAACCCAGGGAUAGUUCCAUUAUUUGUAUAAACUAUGUUAGAAAAAAGUCAAGCGGUUGAAGCAUCAUUUCAAGAGAUCUACAUUGAUUAGGUCAAGGAUCUAAAUACUAAUCUUGUAACUGAAGAUUUUACAAGAAGGCAAAUUAUGUUAAUCAAUGAUCUAUGGGAUAUGAUCAAAAUUGUUAGGAAAACAGACAUUAAACGAUAAGUGAGGACACAUGUUAUAAUUACAUUGUAUUUGAACAAGGAUACUAAAAUUUAGUUUGUAGAUUUGGCAGGAUCUGAAAGAGUGGCUAAGAAUAUAACGGAAGGUGAAAAGUAUUAAGAAGCCAUUAUGGUAACAUCAAGUCAUCAGGUUUUGAACAAAUGUUUAAACUUAUUCAAUCAAAAUAAAGUUAUCCCAAAAAGAGAGUCAAAAUUAACUUCAGCCUUGAUUAUUGAAAAUAAUACUCAAGUCAUUUUAAUUGGAACAAUCAAUCCAAGUCAAUCAAAUUAUGAAGAAUGUUUGCUUACAUUACAAUAUCUGGAUAGGACAAAGAAUGUUCAAGUCUAAAUUCGAAAAUAGCAGUCUCCUUUAGGGCUAGAUACUCCUAAUAAUUCACAAUAGGAUAAAGUAAUAAAAAGGUUGUAAGAAGAAAUAUAAGAAUACAAAUAGAAAAUAGAACAACUGAAUUUAGAUAGAAAGAAACGGUUUUUGGAUUUAUAGAAGCUACUUGGUUUAGAUAUCGAUUUAGAAAGACUAUCUGCAAAGAAUGCCAAGGACAUCACUAUAUUUAGGAAUUAAUAGGAAGCAUUGUAGAAGAAUGUUUGUCUUUAAGAAUAAUUGGAACAACAACAUUAUGAAAUUGCUGAAUUGUAAAGAAAGAAUGAAGAAUUGAAAUAAGAUUUCCAUCAAAAACUGGAAAGAUAUCAAUCCUAAUUAUUAGAAUAGAGAGAAAUUAAUAAGAAAUUGAAGGAUUAAAUGAAUAUGACCAAAAUGAGUGGGGAUGAUGCAUUGAGGUAAUUAAAUUCAGAAAGAGAUCAUUUUAUUAAGAAAUUGUAAGAUGAGUCCAAAAAUCUUUUAGAAGAUAAAGUCACUUCAAUCAUUAAUCUCCCUUAAACUGCAUUAACCAAGCUUUCAGAAAAUCAAAAGUUACAAGAUCUAAGAAGACAAGCAAGAAAUGAGGCUGAAAAGGAAUUCAAUAAGUAAUUGGAAUCGAUAAAAAUAGAACAUCAAAAAUGGUUGGAUACCUGUAAAUAAUAGUAUGAGUAUCAUUUAAAUGAAAAAAACAAGGAAAUCGAGAACUUUCUCUCUUCCUUCAAGUAAUAUCGAGAAAGAAAAAAGUAAUUCCUAUUCAUAAAUUGUCUAGAUAAUAAAUCAAUGAAAUUGUCGAUGAACUUCUCGAUCUUUAUGAUAUCGUACAAAAGCAAAACAAAGUCAUUGACAAAAUAGAAACAGGUGGGUAUAGUGGAGGAUUGAAAUCUUUUAGCAUUCCUAAAUAAGAUAAGCCUAAUCUUCCAAAUAAAAUUAAACAUAAAAAGUAAUUGAAUAUUCCUACUUAGUUUAUUUUCAUAUUUGGAUACAAAAAGUGUUUCAGCCACCAUUACUAAAAAAGCUUCGACAAUUGAAAAAACCAUUAAAACUACUACCAAAUAAUUAAAAUAAUCUCAAAGUUAAUUUGCUAUUGAAAUAGACUACAAUCAAAUUGAUUAAAUUAAUUUUACAUCUAUGGAUUUAAGCACUUUAAGAUCAUACGCAAAUAAAUUGAGAGAUCUGGUGAAAGAGCUAUAAGAUUAAAUGAUUGUAGUAUAGGAUAAAUGUAAAUAGUAAAUUGCAUAGAUGCAAAGAGGUAAGUUUAUUGAUUUAUUUUAUAGAACGUGAUGAAGCUAUUCAAAGGUACAAUAUCGAAAAUAGAAGAUACAAUUAAAAUAGAGUUGUGAUCGAAUCCCAAAACAGGAUAUUAUAAAAAAUAAGACCUAUCAGUUCAAUUCAAAGAAAAUCAUGA